AUGGCAUCAACUUCAACUUCACAAACCCCCUCCAAUAUUAAUCCUUACUACGAAAAUUGGCUUAUUCAACUCCAAAAUUUUCUUGAAAAAUUAAAUGCAAUUUCAUCCUCAUAUGGUGAAGAUGAAGAAGAAAAUAAAAGCAGUGAAUUGGUGACAAAAGUUUUGGAUCAUUACCAAGAUUACUAUAGAGAAAAAUUCAAUUCAACAAAUAGAGAUGUAUUUCUUCUAGUUUCUCCACCAUGGUACACUUCUUUAGAAAAAACAUUUCUUUGGAUAGCUGGUUUUAAGCCUUCUACACUUUUUCCAACUAUUAAUUACUCAAUAGGUUCAGAAUUGACAACAGAGCAAGAGGAAAAGUUGAAGAGGCUAAAAGCAGAGACUAAAAGAGAAGAAAAGGUAAUUGAAAAAGGGAUGGCGAAGGUACAGGAAAGAGGGGCGGCGCCGCCGAUAUUUGAGCUGAUGAAAAGAGGGGGAACGGUGGUGGACGGAGAGGCGACGGAUUUGGAAAGUAUAAUUGAUGGGAUGAAAAAUUCGAUGAUGUCAAUGGUGGAAACAGCAGAGCAUUUAAGAGGAUCGACGGUCAGGAAAAUUCUGGAUAUUCUCCAGCAAAAACAGUCCGUCAAAUUGUUGGCGGCGGUGGCUCAAUUUCAUCUUCAAGCCAGAAAAUUGGGUUUACAAAUGGAUAUUCAGAGUGCUAAAAAGGAUAAAUGA